AAAUUGGGACACCACAUAGGCCAGUCCGAACUGUAUGUGAAAGAGAAAGAAAAAAAAUGUUUUUUAAGUCUCGCCUACUCAGUGAAGUGAUGUGAUUGGUCCAACCAAAGUCGGUCGCACCAACAAACAACAAUGGCAGUGAAGAGCAUCGCUUGCAGGCACAUUGUUGACACCGUUGAGCAGUAUUUAAUAUAAUUCACCUGAAGACUCUCUCCCCCUUCCAAAAAAAAAAAUGGCAGCUGUUUUAGAAAUUACAGUACCUUCUAAAGGACGAGGGCGCGCAAGAGGUAGAGCAAGGAAAUUGACAGAUGAGAGAGAAAUUCGACCUGGACUCGCAAGUUUAACCCAGGAAAAGGGAAACUAUAUUAUUUCCAAUACCACUGAAGACAUUACUCAGAAAUCAAAAGGGUCUGCUAUACUUGACUUGGCGUGUGGUCAAGACACUGAUUUGUCCAUGAGUUUGUGUGCAGCGACAAUAAAAAAUAGCGAUUCCACCAAGAGUUCCACAUUAGAUGUAAAACUAGACCAACAUUCAUCAAUAUGUACUCAAAAAGAGCAUAGGCCAAGGAGUGAAAGAUCAAGAUUUGACACGUUGGUUACUUCCCAGAUCAAUCACUAUCUUGGCCAGAAUAACAACAUGCAUGCCUCUUUUUUCUCAAGCAGUUCCUUUCGUAAGGAAAAUCUUGAUAGUCAAUCAUUAUCAGAAAACAGUGGUGAUGAGGGCAAAAUGAGAAGCGUAAACACUUCCAUAAAAGCUGCACAUCAUAGAGAAGUAAUGCCAUCAGCGCAAGUUUCCUCAAGGAAUAAUGCACAACACCUCUCUCAUCGAAGUUCUCCAGGCCUGAAAUUAAAAAUACCACCAAGAUAUGGAGCUGAAAGCUUCACGGAUGCAAAGGCAGAGACAAAUGGAGGCUUAAAGAUUACAGAACACCCUUGUGCCACGACAGUUUUCUCAUCUUCUGAAGGAGAAAGGUGCAGAGAGGAGAAGCCAGGAACUUUAGGUAGCAGCAACAUUUGCAGGCUUUCACAAUCGUCUCCACCACCUGAUCCUUUAUUCAAAGGUAUGCAUGACACUCGUGGUGCCUCAGUUGCUGUUGGACGGGGCAGAGGGCGAGGAAGAGGCAGAGGACACAGGUCUGAUACAGAAUACACGGCACACCAUGGGAAAGUGUGGGAUACUGACAUCAAGUGCCCUCCUCAGUCAGAAGUGAUAGAAGAGUUUGAAGAUGCAGAGUCUACAUCUGGGUUUUCUAAGACUGUUGGUGGGGGUCUCUGGAAAAAUAAAUCUCUGGUGUCAUCCUCUGCUUUAGGACUACAGCUGUCUCCUUUGCAAACUCAAACCUCCACUGAGAUGCAUAAAAAUAAAGCAAAUAGUGAAACAUUAAAAAAACGCAGAAGGCCAAGAAGGUCGAGGAGAGAAACAAAGGAGAAACGCAGUGAGAAAACAUCUUUAGGGAAUGACAUACAUAACAUUGAUAGACUUUCUCUGGAUGCAGACAAAUGGCCAGUCCGGCACAAAUUGAGGGAAGUUAGCGGCACUAAGAAGGUAGGUUUACUUGACACAACUGCUGAAGUAGGAGGGACCAGUCAUCGCCAGGACUGAUGUCCACUCCACCUGGACACGUUAAAGUACUGGACUGGGCUGCAGAAGUGUCUACCCCAUUAGCCAAUCCAUCACCUGAGUGGCCAGCUUCAGACCAAUCUGUGCAGUCUCCAGACACUCUCAAGACCCCUCCAGGACAUGUGAAGGUCUUGGACUGGGCAGCUGAAAUGGCUAGUCCUGUCUCACCUUCACCUUGUCCUGACUGGGGUUUCUAGUCUUGAAAUCAGCGUACCAAAGAAAGUUUCAGUCAGAAGCAAAAUUUUAAAACUGGUUUAUGUUUCUUUGCUUUUAAUGCUCAUGAUCAUGACUUUUGCAUGCAUCAAAAAGGAUUAACACAGUUGACCUCAUGUAACUGGCUGACACUAAUGGUGCCUUUUCCUCUAAAUAAAUUGCAUUGAGUUUCUGAAGCAUAAUAUUGAAAUAAACGCAGAGUUAUCAUGUUUUAUCUCAUUUGAUCACAGGGAACGUUAUUGUUUCACAUUUGUAACAGACUAUCUAAUUCAUGAUUCUGUUCUUUUACUUUAUUUACAUAUGUAGUUUUAAUCGUAAUGUGUAACUUUUGUCAGUUCUACAAGAACAACUUUUAAAAUAACAUAUAUUUCAGAUUUUAAGCCCAUUAAAAUUGUACAAAUUAUUUUACCCAAACCUUUUAAUAAGUUACCAGUAAUCUGUAUAUUCAGUUUUGGAAAAUUGUUGCCUUAAAUCUGGUCAAUGUUGAAUACAGCAGGCUGUACAAACCUCAUAAAGAGCAGACAGGUAGAAGCAGAAAAAUGUAUUUCAUGAUAACUAUAGUUUUCAUCUGUUUUAGAAAAUAGAAAUUGUGUUUAUUGUGCAUAUGAACCAUUAAAGCAAUAUCACUUUCUAGUGGUCUGUCACGCAAACCUCCAUUAUGGGAAAAGGCUAAAGUGCAACAUGACAUGGACAUAUAGAUGUCCUCAGCUCACUUAAUUUUGCAAAUAAACUACAGUAUACUAUAAAGUAGUUCUGCCUUUGGAAGAGAGUGUUUGCCUUUUGUUAACCUAUUAGGAAAAAACCCUGCAAAAUCUGCUUGUUUCUUUCACUUAGGGGAGACUUUACCAACUUUUUAUGUAAAUUAUACAUUUCUUGUGAAAACUACCUACAUAAAUUGAAAGCAGGUCAGACCCCAAAAUCUAGUCAACAUUUCAUUGAAUUUUUAUUAAUUACCAAGAAAUUUUGAUAAAAUGUGUUUUCUAGUAUAGAUAGACAAAUCUUGGUAUUGUGUGAUUGCAGUAAAAUGAAAUAAUAAAAGUAAUAUACAAGUUUUAUAGGAUGCCUUUAAAUUUGGAUCUCCUUGUAUCUACAUCUAUAUUGUUUGUACAUAUUUUACAGAUGUACAGAAUUUAAUUUGUUAUGGCAGACACUUUUUAGGCAUAAAUGCAUUUGAAAUUAUAUCUUUUUAUGCUAGAAAACAUUCCUGUAUCUAGUUUAUUGAGAAUACAGUUAAUUGUAUUAUUAGAAUAUUAUUUAUAUCCCAUGUAUAUGUUUUUUCUAAAUUGUAUUAAAAAUCUUUUGCUCAUUAUAUUAAUGGAUCUGGUGCACAAACGAUGUUUUAGUAGACCAUCAUAUAAAUAUUGAAGAUAAUUGUCCAGUCAGUUUAAGUCUUAACUAGGAAGAACCAUGCUGCAAACCCCAGCUCAAACUUUGGCUUCAGACUAAGUUAAAGGGUUGAAAAAUGAGGUUUGUAAGAAUGCGAUAGCAGUUCAGGUUCCUGACAACAAAUUUUUGUUUUGCUGCAUCUUAGCAGUAUAGGUUUCUAACAGCAUGCUAUAGCAUCCUAACAAUGUUAUUGCAGUGUAGAUUCCUAACCCUGACAAUAUCCCUCUAGCUCAGGAGGCCUUUUAUUGAUGUUGUUUCUGUGAAACUAUAUAGUUGUCCUAGCAGUGUUGAAGCUGCUACAUUUGUUAAGUGAUUGAGCAUCAAAUCACAAAGUUCUUGUUUUGCUGCAUCUUAACACCUGUAUGUUAGUAAUUUAACUAUGUUAAAAUUGCAGAAGCUGAGAAAUGUCCCCUUCGCAUAAAGGUUUUGUUAUCUGGAGAAGGACAGCUGGUCUAUGUAAACCUUCAAGUCGUAUUAUUAACUGUAUUCAUGUCUGGUGCUUUGGUUAUGUUUUGUUAAAUUAAUUUUUGUAUGUUUUUAUCUAGCUGUUAAGGUUGCAUGACAACCUUUUUGCAACUCUCAGCAACUAAAGUAACAAUAACUUGUACAAAUGUGUAAUCUCUUUUGAGGACCAUGUAAUUUUUUGCUUUAUUGUCAAAACCAUGACAUCUCCCAUCUCCCCUUACAAUCAGUGGAUGUUUUGAAAAUAGUAAUGGUGAUUUGUCAUAGACAAUACAUGGUACAUAGGCUGUUGUACUUUUUUAUUUGGAUGUUGUAUUUUGCUACAUAGAAUGUCGUUUAAAGGCUGAACUUUCAGUCCACAGCAUGAAAGAAUGGAUUCAAUCCAGCAGAGGGAGGGGAGAGUACUUUUCGGGCUAGAUGGAAGCAUUAGCGAAGAAUGAUCACUUGGGUAGCCGGCACCAUGUGUGCACCUUAUCUCCCUCCCUGGGGGUCUAACCAUUCUUUCCUGCCAUGAACUAAAAGUUUGGCCCUUAAUGACCAAUCAAUUUAUGAUAUGACAAAGCAUUUAUACUGUUGGUUUACAUACUAUUGUCACUGGUAUUUACUCAGGAAUUUUUUUUUAGGCAUGUUAAGCAUCAGGUAGCUUUCAAAAGACCAAAAUAAACGUUUGUUGAUUAUA